AUGAAUUUUGAGAAUUUCUCCUUUAAAAAUUUUGGCUGCCCUAUGUAUGUCCUGGAUAGGAAGUUAAAGCUUUUGAAAACUAGACUUAAGGAAUGGAAUAAAAACAGUUUUGGAGAUGUAAAAAUUAAGGUUACUUCUGCUGAAAAUGAGCUUGCCAAUGUUCAAGAGGACAUUAUUAAGAAUGGAAAUUCUGACAGUUUGCAAGAUAAAGAAGCUAAAGCCCAACAUGACAUGGAAGUAGCCUUAAAUAUGGAGGAGGAUUUCUGGAGGGAGAAAUCCAGGGUUAAUUGGCAGAUACAUGGGGAUAGGAACACAAAAUUCUUUCACACAUAUGCUAAAAUCAGAAGGAAAACUAGUCUUAUAUCUUCCUUGGUCAUUGAUAAUGAUGUCAUCACUAACCAAAACACUUUGGAAAACCAUAUAGUUAGCCAUUUCACUCAGCUAUUUAAUAAGAACUUUGUCCCUCAGGAUAAUGACUUGAUUAGCACGGUCAUUCCUUCUCUUGUGAGUGAGCAAGCCAACAUGUUGCUUACUAUGAUUCCUAGUGCUGAUGAAAUACAUCAAGCUGUUCAGAAUUUAAAACCCAAUUCAGCUUCUGGACCUGAUGGUUUUGGUGGAGUUUUCUUUCAUAAGUAUUGGGACAUAAUCAAACAUGAUGUGAUUGAGGCUGUUUUACAAUUUUUCACGCAAGGCUGGAUUUCUCCUAAUUACAAUGCUAACACCUUAGUUUUGAUUCCUAAGGCUAAAGAGGCUAGCAGUCUAGGACACUACAGGCCAAUUGCUUUGGCUAACUUCAAGUUUAAAAUCAUACCUAAAAUUUUAGCUGACAGACUCUCUUCUAUUCUUCCUAACCUGAUUUCUGUUGAGCAAAAGGCCUUGAAGAUAGAUAUUGCUAAAGCAUUUGACACUCUCAGUUGGGAUUUCCUUUUAAAAACUCUUAAAGGAUUUGGCUUCAGCUCUUUGUUUUGUAACUGGAUCCAUACCAUUAUCACAUCUGUUAACAUAUCUAUUAGCUUCAAUGGAAACCAAAUAGGCUAUCUCAAGUGUACCAAUGGUGCAAUAGCUGAUCUUCUCAAAGAAUAUGGAAAUUGUUAUGGCCAGCUCUGCAACUUUUCCAAAUCCUUGAUAUAUGCUGGGGGACUGUCCCAAACUAGAUAUGCUGCUCUUGCCAAUCUAAUUGGCUUCACCAUGGCUAGUCCUCCAUUCAUAUAUCUUGGAGUCCCAAUUUUUAUAGGUAAACCUAAGGCUAUAUAUUUCCUUCCUAUUGCAGAUAGCAUAAGAGUCAAGUUAGCAUCUUGGAAAGCAGAAAUUCUGACUAUAGCUGGGAGGGCUCAGCUGGUUAAGUCUGUCAUCCUGAGUAUGGUGGUGCACAGUAUUGGAAUUUACAACUGGCCUGGCAGCAUAAUAAAGAGGAUUGAGGCAUGGCUCAGAAAUUUCAUAUGGAGUGGAUGCAUUAAUAAAAAGAAAGUGGUGACUAUUUCUUGGAAGACAUGCUGUAGGAAAACUAAUGAAGGUGGCUUGGGAAUAAUAUCUCUUAAGGCAUUCAAUUCAGCAACAAAUAUGCAACUUUUUUGGAAAAUCUUAAAUGUUAAUCAACAUUGGUCAAUCUUGCUUAAUGGAAGAGUGAAGAGAAAUGGUAGACUCAUAAGGUAUGCCAUCAAAUCCUCAAUUUGGAGUGGCAUUAAGGAGGCUCAUGAGAGGGUUAAGGACAAUUGCAUGUGGAGCAUAGUGAGGGACUGGUGGAAGAAUACCUGGCAAAUCAAAGACAACAUACAAGUGGCUCUCCCGGAAUUUUUGAGCAGCAUCUCCAAUUUCUCAGUAGCUACAACUGAUGUUGAUGAUUUGUUAGCCUGGAAGCAUAGUUCUUCUUGUGUCUUGACUGUUAAGGAAGCUUACAAUUCAAUCAUCACUCCUUAUCCUUCGACAGACUGGAAGACCUUCCCUUGGGAUAAGGACUCUCCUCCUUCUCAAUCUAUGAUGGUCUGGAGAUAUAUUCAUAACAAAUUGCCUACUGAUGAUAACUUGUUGUUGAGAGGCUUCUCUUUUCCUUCUCAAUGCAGCUUCUGUAAGGUGUGUUGGGAAACUUCUAGUCGUAUUUUCUUUGGUUGCAGCUUUGUUAUUAGUAUGUGGAAUUGCCUGAUUAAUAUGAUGGGCUUAAAUAGAUUGAUCACUAAUGUUAAUGAUUGCAAAGAGGUUUUAAAUGGUUGCUGGUCUCUUCAGGCUAGGGCAGUGAUUCAUGCCUGCAUUGUUGGUGUUUUCCAUCAGAUUUGGCAUGCUAGAAACAAGUUAAGGUUUGACGACAAGACAAUCUCGUGGAAUACAUGUGUGAAUGUGAUUCUGGCCCAAGCUAAAGUGAUUGGAAACAAUACUAUUAGGGUCCCAGAUGCUACUAUUUCCAGCUUCAGCUUGCUAAAGCGUUUUGAUAUCAAUAUUAAUCCAAGCAAAGGUGUGAAAACAAUGAAAGUUCUUUGGUCUCCUCCUUCCUUGGGAUGGAUAAAGUGUAACAUUGAUGGGGCUGUAAUUGAAAAUCCUAAAGUUGUUGUGUGUGGGGGAAUCUUUCGUGAUCAUAAUGCUAAUCAUAUUCUAAGCUUUAGUGCUUAUUUAGAUAAUAACAAUUCGGAGUCGACUGAGCUUAUUGCGGCUAUUAUGGCUAUAGAAGCGGCUAAAAAGAACCAUUACACUAAGUUUUGGGUGGAAACGGAUUGUAGUUUGGUGGUUAACUCUUUCAAAAACCAUGCCUUAGUGCCUUGGAAACUUCGAUCUCGUUGGCUUUGUUGUUGGGAUUACACGUUACAUAUUGAGUUUAGCAUCACCCUUAACUUUAGGGAAGCCAAUUUUUAUGAUGAUUCUUUGGCUAGCAUUGGUUUACAAACAAAAAACUACCUAUUGGUUCAACUAUGUCCAUAA